AUGGAGACCUUGGAGAGUUUCUCAAAGAGGAUGAGUGUGAUUCAGUUUACAUUGGAGAAUGAUGCAGACUGGAAUGGAGGCCCGGACUGUGGCAGGGGCAGUGAGAGACAGCACGGCCUUGACCGCUCCUUAGAUACCCCAGAUAACUCUGGAACCAUCACGGGGGACCUGGUGGCUAGCCGGGCCUCGCCCAGCGCCGGGGCUCGGUGGAAAGUUCGCAGAGCGCGGGGUCCGUUCGCGGCCCAUUCAGCCUCCGUCCGACCCGGACUGCAGGGCCCCGCACUGCCAGGCGCUUUACUGGAAGGCCCUGCCUGGGAGCCCCAGGAGCUGCGGCGCUGCGAGGCCGAGGGCCCGGCCCGCAGCACUGCCCCGGCCCCGCUCAGGCGCAGGCCCCGGGCUGGGUGCUUCCGGUAUCAGCGGGCCGAGGGCUGCAUUGAGAAACUGGCACCCACCGCCUUCACCUACGAGCAGCUCGUGGCGCUGGAGAACAAGUUCAAGGCGACUCGCUACCUGUCAGUGUGCGAGCGCCUCAACCUGGCUCUGUCGCUGAGCCUCACCGAGACGCAGGUGAAGAUCUGGUUCCAGAAUCGCCGAACCAAAUGGAAGAAGCAGAACCCGGGCGCCGACACAAGUGCACCGACCGGCGGCGGCGGAGGGCCGGGCCCCGGGGCCGGGCCUGGCGCGGGGCUGCCCGGCGGCCUCAGUCCACUCAGCCCUUCGCCGCCCAUGGGCGCGCCGCUCGCCAUGCACGGCCCGGCGGGGUACCCAGCGCACGGCCCGGGUGGCCUGGUGUGCGCCGCGCAGCUGCCCUUCCUGUCCAGCCCCGCGGUGCUCUCGCCCUUCGUGCUGGGCUCGCAGACCUACGGCGCGCCCGCCUUCUACGCGCCGCACCUCUGA